UGGCAAGGCGUCACCAUGACGCCGUUACAGCACAAGGCAGCGCGUGGGAGCAUUAUAUUUAUUUCUCUCUCGCUUUUUUUGCGGUUUAGUGUUAAACCGUGUUAAUGCGGGGCUUCUGUCACAUUGAAUGGUGUUCAGUAGGUGUUAAUGGAAGGUCUUGGUUUAGUUAGAAGACGGAUUACUGCCACACUGGGAUAUUAUUUCAGUUUAGCUAGAAAAUAAUCCAAGCUAGCAGAGUGAUUAGCUCUGUUUAUCAUCCAGGGAAAUACACACGGACUUCUGAACAAACAGAUGUGGUAUGGUGGGUGUCCACACCAGUGAUCCGUAUCAGGAUGGUGGGGGAAGGUGGAGGUCCACAAUCAGCUGUCUGUGGAUCACAUUGACGGCGGAGCCCGAGUCCACAGUUAAAACAAAUCUCAGACAACAAUGGAUUCUUAUGACGUCGAGGAUAAUCGCUUGUUGGAAUCGGAACAGACUGUCCAAGUGUCUCACGGUGACCAAAAAGACUUGGCUUUGUCAGGAUACCGGAACAAAAAGCUCCGGGAGGAUAAUGAGAGCUCCAGAGGGAAUCGAGCCCGGACCAGGACACAUGAGCGGAGCCGCGAUCCGGAUAAGGACCAGAUGUCUGACGGAGAGCAGAGCAGCGCCUCGUUCUAUUCAGAUGAUUAUGAGAACGCUUCCCUGUCUGACAGGUCCUUCUCACCGCGUUUUCCUUCUCCAUCACCACACAGAGGUGCAAGGACUCAGAGAAUAUCAAGCAGCCCUGUACACCUGACAGGAGUGCGUAAGGGUGUACCUCGGCGUCCAGGUCCCCAGACCAUACCCUCUCAUCAGCGCUCUAGUGGUCUGCGCUCUCAGAGCCUUGGUAAAGAUGCUCCGCCCAAAGACCUGGACCUGGUCACCAAGCGGCUGCUGUCUGCCCGCCUGUUAAAGAUCAGCGAGUUGAAGAACGCGCUUGGUGAGCUGCAGCUGCGCACUGAUGAGCUACAGCGAGAAAACCGUCUACUGAAACAGCUACAGCUGCGCCAUGAGAAAGCCCUGCAUCGCUACAGCGACACGGAGAGCGAGAUCUCGCAGCUCCUCUCGCGUCACAACAAUGAGACACACGUCCUGCGUGAGAGACUGCGGCGGACUCAGGAGAAGGAGCGCAUGGCCGAGCGCCGCUGCGGGGAGGCAGACACACAGCUACAGAGAUGCCGAGAUCAGCUGCACAAACUGCAGCAGCUCGCUGAUGAUCAACGACUCGGGGAAAGAGAAGAACUGGCACGCAAACUCGUACACGCACAGGUCAAAGUGCAGGAGUGUGAGCGUAGAGUGAAGGAACUAGAGAAGAACAUGGAGUUGAGUACAGGGAGCUUUCAAAGGCAGCUGGCGAGUGAACGGAAAAAAACCCAUGAUGCCCUACAGGAAACCCAGACACUGCGGGAAGAAAUCAACAAGCUAAGCACCAAAUUAAAGGAGAGAGAACGAGAGCUGGACACUAGGAACAUUUAUGCCAAUCGAAUGCUGAGAGGGGCUUCAAAGAAAGAUUUAGAAGAUUCCACCAGGAGGAAAGAUUUCAGCAGAAGCUGCAGUAAAGCAGUGCAGACAGAAGACACGAUGGUCUCGCUAGACUUCCCCUCUCCUCCUCUUGCUAUCACUAACUUUAGUGAGUUUUCCUGCGGUGACCCGGCGGAUGACUAUCUGUCUCUGAAGGACCAGCAAAGCGGUGAGCAGAGACAGAUGGGAGCAGAAGCGCAAAGGAUUCAGGAGACGACACGAGAGCAGGUGGAAGAUGGAGCACGUGGGAUGGAGAUGGAGGAGCAGGGGAGAGAGAAAAACAGACUCAGGGAAAGAGAGAGAAAAAGUGAAAAUGAGAAAGAAAUGGUGCAGAAGCAGAGAAUCAAUUUUGAGUUCAACCUGAGUGAAGAGAAAGGGAUGAGGCAAAGCGAUGGGUGGGACAGAGAUGAAAAAGAAAGGAAGAGGCGAAAUGAGUGGCAGACAGAGGUAGAGAGAGGUAAAGAGCCACACCUGAGCGAGCAGGAGAUUCUGGCUAAUCAUGAGCGUGCAGAAGAAGAGCGCAGACGAAAAGACCAACUUUUGGCCAAAAUGCGUGAGAUCGACAUGCAAGCUAAGGCACAAGACUCCAGCUUCUUCCAUGAGGAAAAAGAAGGUACUCGCACUCCUCCUCGGAAUGAAAACACCUCCAUCUUCGGCUUCACAGACCCCCAUGAUUAUCUGAGCACGCCCAAGACCGGGAAUCGGGGCGUGGCAAUGAGGUCACAGAAAACCAAUCAGGAUCUUGACCUCACUUUUGGCAGCUAUGCUCCAUCGUUUGGUAAACCUGCUCCUCGAGUAGGUCUUGGACACCGGAGCCCGAACCUGUCUGUGGAGCAGCUGUCAGGAGAUGAGAAUGGAGGGAUGGACCUGAGUGGACUUGCAAAGGAGAAGAAGUCUGAUUUUCUACAGCAGCUGUUCGGGUCCUCGGUUUUUUCCGCACCCUAUGAGUCACCCAGCAAGAUGGAACUCCUGAGUUCUCCCAAUGCGAAAUCAUCAAGUGGACGCAGAAGAGAUGCAGAGACACCAGGCAGGAUGAAAAGGACCACGCUGCAUGUCUCUGAGAGUGGCCCCGCCGUUAGGGCCAUUACGACACUCGAUGAUGAUAUCGAGGAAGUCAUGCUAUGAUGAAAUGGUUCAUCGAGAACGUUCGAUUUCAGAAAAAAGAGAGAGACGAUGAAGAUUCUGUUUGCGGAUAAAAUGGAAGCAAGCUGCAGAGUCAGAUUCUUGGUGGUCGGUGAAAUAAACUGCAAUGAUAUUUAAACUUUACACCUAGUAAAUUUCCAUAGCCUCAUGACCUGAGUGUCAGGGGCUACUUGGACAUUUCGCUUUUCUGGCCAUCACAGGGCUUUCUGGUGGGAUUGGUUUUAUGUCAUUGUUCAUGUUUGUGUGUCAUUUGCUUUUGUUGAGGUUUUACUUCUCCACGUGUGCUUUGCCCCACGCAUUUUAUUGUCCUGUUUCCUGCCUAUUUGCCCUCACCUAACUUUCUUUUUUUAUUCCAGAUUUGUUCACACACAUAUAUAUAUAUAUAUAUAUAUAUAUAU